UCUAAAGCAAAAUAUGUGACUGUUACAAAACUUGAAUGUUAAAGUGUUAUGGCAGAUCCUUUGAUGCUACUUUCUCUUCAACCUCCUCCUCUGCCUUUUCUGAUAUUUUCUUCUUCUUAUUCUUCUCUUCACCGUCGAUGGGGUUUGUCUCGGAGUGGGAUUAGAUUCUCUGUUUCUGAGUUUCGUUUGUCUUCUCAACUACAAUUGGCUAAUUCUACUUCACCUUCGCAGUCUUCUUCUACUGCUCCGGAGAAGUUUGAUCUCGUGUCUACAACUCAGCUCAAGGAUGGAAGCCAGGUCUUUCGAUUCGGAGAUGCAAGUGAGGUUGAGAGGUAUCGUGAAACUGAAGAAAAAGCGAGAUGCUUAGAGCUAGAGAGGAAGCAACAUGCUGAGAUAGAAGAGGAAGAAGCCAGUGAAGGAGUGAGAGAUGGAGGACAUGCAUUGGCCGAUCUAGAUCCUGUUUCUGAACUGGAGUCUCUCAAGGAAAAAUCUGUUGUGAAGAUAAAACCGGUGAAGUCUAGUACUGAAACAGUAUCUGAGAAAGAGUAUGGAGCUCCUCCUCCUGCCCGUCUCAGCAGUGUGAUCAAAAUUAAGGAUCGUAAAAGGGUUCGUUCUCCUGCUAAGAAAAAGAAAGAAACGCCAAUUCCAGUUACUGUUUCGGGGAGUGAAGAUGAAGCUGAAGCUAAAAUUGCUAGUGUUUCUAAUCUGAACUCUAUAGUUAGUGUAGCAGAAGUUAUUCCUACUAGCGCUACUGAAGAAAAGACCAAUGAGAAUGUAGAGCCACUUUCUUCUCAAGUCAUGGAGAAAGUCUCAGUGAAUGAAAUAAGAGGAGACUGUGAGACAAAUGGUUAUCAACAACUCACUGAGAGUCGUGUGGAGGAGCAAGCAACACCAAUAUCAUCUAGUUCACAACAUGGCUCGCAGUUGAAUGAUCUCAAGGAAGUUGCUCAUGUUUCUACCACUGAACUUGAUGACAGUUUGGAAGAGAGGAAAAAACUGAUGAAGACUUUUGAAGCUGAAGAAAAUCUUGUCGUUGAACCAGCAGCUACAGUUGAACUUGAUGUGUCUCCUGAUGGACUAGUUGUUGUGUCUCCUGAGGAAAAUCUUGUCGUUGAACCAACAGCUACAGUUGAUGUGUCUCCUGAUGAACUAGUUGUUGUGUCUCCUGAGGAAAAUCUUGUCGUUGAACCAACAGCUACAGUUUCUGUGUCUCCUGAUGAACUAGUUGUUGUGUCUCCUGAUGAAAAUCUUGUCGUUGAACCAAUAGCUACAGUUUAUGUGUCCCCUGGUGAACUAAUUUCAACUUCCGAAGCAACAAAUCACAGCAUUGAGGAGACUGCUGAAACGCCUGUGGUUGAUACGUCUGAAAUGGCAAAUGACGGAGAAAAUGGGACUUCAACCAUAGAAGAUGAAGUAGCUGUGAUUGACAGUAAAAAUGAUAAUGGUAGCAUAUCUAAAACUGUCAAUGACACAAAUGACGAAAAUCUCCAACUUCCUGAACCUGAAACAGCUAGUCUUCAACCCAUUGAAGUGGUUUCAGUCAGGGAAGAGCUUGUGUCCAAAGCAUUUUACUUGGAAUCUGGUUCUGCUUCACUCCAAAACCCCUUUAAGGUACCUGUGAUUUUCCUUCUGUUUGCAGUUCACUUGUUUUCAACACGGACAACGGGACAAGUAGUAACUUUACUAUCACCUUCUGCAUUUCAUUAA